AAGACGAUUCUUGCUUUCAAAUUUUUACUGAUGCGACGAUUCAGUUGAAUUAAAGUCGUUGUCAAGCGAGGUUAUUAUGCUGCUGUGGGUUUUGUUUGUUGUCAUGGUGGGGGUCGUCAGUUGCCAGGGGCCCCCCGUAAAGCACAAUCUCCCCCCUGGGGUGGAACUCGUGGAUCCGAAAUCCUUGGGGUUUGACGAAUCUCAAUUAGAUUUGAGCAGUUUGCUGGGGAACGUUAAGCUGACGCCGAUUAAUAGCAACAUCGACCCAAAGACCGGUCUGAAAACCCAAGUCCUCACCGUGGGUUUCGACGGGGAGGAAAACAUAAACCUUGACGAUUUCGAGUUGCCACAGCAACCGGGGGGGAACAACUCGGAAUUAGUUCAAACAGCUUUUAACAGUUUUAAAGAGUAUUUUAAUAAAAAUAAAGGAUCGACGGUUGUCACGGAAACCAAACCUCAGCAACCACAACCACAGCAGCAGAGACGUAGAAAAAUCGUAAAGAAUAAAUUGCCACAGCAACCAAAAGUGGUUGAAUUAGAAUCGGAUCAGAUUGAGAAAUUACUGGCAACGGGGAAGUUGAAGAGUAAAAAAAUUGGGGAUUCGCAGGUGAUUGAAAUCACGCAGGAUCAGUUGAAUGAACUUUAUGCGAUGGAAAAUGGGGGGGAGUUUAAGGUGUUGUUGGGGGGGGAGCAACAGGAAGUUGUGCAGCAACCACAGCAACAACAACCGGAAAUUGUGCAACAACAGGAAAUUGUGAGGCAGCCACCACGGCAACAAGUUGUGCAACAACAACAACCACAAACCACACCCAGUGUUGCUCCAACCACACCCAGCACCCCCCAAACCGCCGCCCCCACCGCACCCCCUGCCACCACCCCACAAAAACCCACCCCACCCCCAAUAAUUUACCAAUUCAACACUAACGAUUUCGAAACGCAACAACAAAACUACCAACAACAACAACAACAAAACUACCAAUUAACCUCAUCACGCCCACAGCAACAACAGUUUCCAAGGCAACAAAUCUAUACAAUUCCCUCCCCCCAUCAACAUCAGCAAAUCCCCUCCCACAUAAAAACCCCCACUUUCGAGUUUAUCUCCGUGCCCCCCGUUUCCUACUCAACGGCCGUUCAACAACAAGAAAAAAGAUCUCAAGAUCCGUUGCCAUCGUCACGAGGAAAGGUUUAUUUUCCAAAUACGCAAAUUAACGGUGGGGGAGGGGCCCGAUUUAACAGGGGGCUGACUCCCGAGCAGUUGAACACUUUUUAUGAGGAUGACGGGUUAAAUUAUAAGGAUAAUUCGGAUAGUAAUAAUGGGGACAAGGAUGUGGAGAGGUUAAGGGGGGUUUAAUAAAGCGUUGCCAUGGAGAUUAAGUGUGCCAUUUAAUUUAGUAAAUUUAUGAAUAAAUUUUGUGUAUUUUGUUGAAA